CGAGAUUUAAGAUUUUAUAUUACAUACAUAUACAAACAAACUCAAAUUUUCUAUAAUAAUUUAUAUAAACAAUGAUGAAUAUUGUUGAAAAGCCUAGAAAAACUCAUAAUGGAGUCUAGUAAAGGAGGAGAACCUAAUAUGAAUACCGACUCUAACACUACUAAAAUAACAACAAUAAUUUCUAUUGGAGACUCUGAUUCGUCUCUAUCUUUAUCUAUAACACCACCUAGCUUAGGGGAUGGUAAGAAGGAUGACCAAACAAUGCUCAUUCAGUCUGAAGACAGUAUAUCCGAACAUUUGUCCUCUGCAGCUACAAGUAUUGAAAACGAUAGAUCUUUAAACGAAAUCGAAAUAGAAAACGUUCCUAAUCAUUCUCCGGAAGUUAAUAGAUUUGGAGAGGGUAAUGAAGAUGAUCAUGAUAACAUUGACUUUUCAAAUUCCACCUUACAAGGAGGAGAGGCUAAUGUCAUCAAUAUAAUUUCUUCAGAUGAUACAGAGCGAAAGGUUAAGAGUAUUUUAGAGGAAAUUUUGAAUAAUGAACAGUUCAUAUCAGACCCUGAAUCUUUUUCAAAAAAAUCUAUAGAGGACAGUUUCGAUAUUUUUGCUAAUUUAGAUUUGGAAGAUAAAAGUAUAACUGAAAGGCUCAUCAAUCAAGUCGCUAAUGUAUCUCCUUUUGGUCCCGAUGAUAAAGUGGAGAGUGCUUAUAAGCAGGUUCAAGACUUAGAAGAAUUGUUGGAUGUAAAGGAACAGACAAUAAUCGCUUUAACUAGCGAGUUAGAAUCACUUAGGGAAGCUGUAAGCAAUCCCUCUACAAUGAGCUUAGGUACUUCAACUGAAUAUAAGCAAUUGCAUGAGGAUUGUCAGAAUAAAUUUGUCGAAUACAAUUUUGCUAUACAGCAGAAAGAUGAUUUGAUCCUACAGUUGACUGAAAGUCUCCAACAAUCCAUAGCAAAUAGGGAAGAACUGAAAACACAAGUUGAACAUUUUAAAAAUGAAUUGGAGCAUUUGCAUCACCAGUUAGAGACUACUUCUCGUUUGAUAUUAAAAAACGAGUUGAAAAGUAGAUCUCAGGAAUCGAAACUAGACAAAAAUGUUGGAAAGGAUAUUUCAUUGAAUCUUGAAAAUACGAAUUUCGAAAUCGAAUGUUCUAAGUUGGAGGAAACAUUGGGUGAAAAUCAGUUAAGGCUCUUCAACGAUGUGAAGGCUACCAUUCGUGAAUAUAUUGACGGAAAAUUGAUCGAAAAUAAAACAGACAAUGAGGAGGUUAUAACUCAGUUGAAGGUCACGAUGCAAAAAGAUAAAGAGCAGUAUGAAAUGGAAAUCGCAAGAUUAAAAGAUGUGUUGGAAACUGUGAAGAAUGGAAACGAAGAAAUUACAGAAUUCAGGCAAGAAAUGGAAGCUAAGCAUCAAAAGGAAAUGGAAGAUUUGAGGAGAUAUUUUGAACAAAAAUGUACCGAACUCGAAAAAAAUUAUUCUGAAGAAGUAUUCAGUCAGCAAUCCCGUAAAAGGUCAGCUUCGGUGACCUCCUCAGACAACGACAUUCCCCUAGACAUUCAGGGUUUGUCGAAUCGUCCAGGACCCGGAGGAGAUGCCCCCUCUUCUCUGGACACUUACAGGGUGGAUUACACGAAAAGAGCCCUCCAAAAUCUUUCCAAGGCCGAUUUGAUGAAACUCAGGGAAGAUUUCAAAAAUAUAACGAAUAUUUUCGAAAAAUUCGAGAUCGAAAAAUCUUCAGAGGACGAUCUGUUACAAUUGAAGGAACAACUGAGCGAUUUCGACGUAAAAAAUUUGUUUAAGAUCGAAAUGGAGGCCUUCAGGAACGAAAUGAAGAACAAGUAUAACGCGGAAUUGGAAAUAUUGAAUCAGGAUUACGAGAAUAAGGUGGAUACGUUGAAGGUUCAACAGGAGGAUAAGCUGAACGCGAUGAGGGAGAAAUAUUUGGAGGAGAUCGAUACGCUCAAGGAAAUCUUGAACAAGACCAAUAAGACCUUGGAAUUCGGGAGCUCGAUACAAGAAGUGGGAAAUUCUGGAGAUUUCGAGAUAAACGAAGUAAUUCAAAGCUACGAAAGGAGACUGCAGGAACAGGUCACCAUGGCCAAGAUCGAUAUCAUCGCAGCCCUGGAAAAUCAAAUUCAGAGAUUAGCUGAGAGCGAAGGGUCGGAAGAAGAAUGGCCUCAAGAACUUCUAACACUCAAGGAACGUUUCACCCGCAAAUUCGAGCAAAAAAUGGCGGAGAUGGAGCGAGACCACCAGGAAGAGGUGGCUAGGUUGAAGGAGGAUCAUAUGAGGACCCUGAAUGGGGCCUUGGAAAGAGCCAGAAGACGUAGUUUGAGAGACGGUGACAGCAUGCCGCUGCAGGAUGUUAAAUUAGUGGAGGAAAGGGAUAAUUUCAAGAAACAGGCCGGUCUACUCAGGAAGCUACUGGGCGAACUCUUGAAGUACUUCACCCAGUGCGAGGACGAGGUGAACAACACGCUCGUGGACGAGCUGGUGCGUCAAGCGGCCGAAAAAAACUUCACCGACAUAGAGAGGGAGCUGAACGAGUCCAGCUCGUCGACCAGGACGGAGAGCGGCUCGUCCACCCCCACCGUGAAGAGGGUCCAUCUGGCGCCCAACUUCAAGGACCUGAUGAGCAUCGUCGAGAACUCCUCGGAGAGGGACACGGAGUCGACGGAGUUCUCCCUCGACCUCAGGAACGAGCUGGAAUCCUGCCUGGACAAGCUGAGGGCGGAGGCAAACGCCCUGCUGGCCCUGUCGGUGAACGUUUCGAAGAAAUCCGACCCGGAGGACCAGACGAUGAGGGAGGCGGACUCGACGGUCGGUUCGUUGAACAGGAAGCUGAUCGAGGAGGUUCAGCUGCGGAUGCGCAUAGCCGAGGAGGCGGAGGCGCAGAGGAACGUGAUGGAGACGAUGGAGCGGGAGAGGUCGGUGCUGGAGGGACAGGUGGUGGAGUUGGUAGAGAGGUUGAACGUCACGCAGGCCGAGCUGGAGAAGGCGCGGGUGAAGAUUUCGGAGCUGUUGGAGAGCGGACAGAGGGAGAUCGUUUCCGAGGGUUACGGAGGCGCCGCUUUCGCCGGGGAGCACGAAGAAGGGCGAGCAAGUGCAGCUUUCAACGAGUUGCAGGAAAAAGCCAGGACGAUUCUGGUUGGUUCGCACAAUCACGAUCCUGCCCUCUUGCACCUCGUGGAGGACCUAGUCGGCGUGGGGGAAAGAAUUUUGGAAGAAUACGAUGCUGCAAAGAAAGAUCUACAACAACAGAUCGACGUGGCUCACAAAAAAUACAAGCAGACAUGCAGGUUCUUGGAGGAACAGGCCGUGGACAGGGAGAUGGAGAGGGACGACUCUCAAAAACAGCUCUUGGCGCUGCAAGAGCAGCUUAAGAGCUUGGAUAGGGACCGCGCUAAUUACGCCAACAUAAGCGAAGAGGUUGAACACUUGGACGGCCAGCUCAAAGAGACCGCCAGUCUAUUGAAAGUCCAGGAGGACAAGUUGAAAGAGGUCGAGGCCGAGAAAGAUGAGGCGGUGGAGAAGAUCUUCUUCCUCAGGGACGUCAUACGCGAGCUGGAAUCGCAGCUGAAGGCUAAAACGGAAACGGAAGCCGAGCUGCGCAACCUCAUUUCCGAUUUAGAAUUGGUGAUCACCCAGCAGACGGCGGAAACCGCGGAAGGCGAGGACCGGUCUGAGGAUGUCGACGGUUCCGAAACGCGGAGGUACAGGGAGCACAUAAGGAGCCUGGAGGCCGAGGUGCAGAAAUUGAGGUUAGGUCAGGAGCUCGUAGGUACCGAAGGGGCCCUCAGGGAAUUCAGGAACCAGCUCUUCGAAAUCGAGACGAUCAUCGAGAAGAAAACCAAGGAACUGGAGGACCAAAGUUCCAUCGUCUCGACCACCACUUGCAGUUCGCCAUCUGAAGACAUGUCAGUUAGGGACGUGGUGAGGCCCAAGACGCCGACCAGUUUGAACAUGAACGACUGCGAAAUUCCGUUGCAGCAGUUGGCCAGACUGAAGGAGAAAUUGGUCAGGCAUUCCAGAGCUGAAGAUGCAGCGUUGAAGAGGAUCAGAGAUCUGGAGAUGCAAGUUUACAACCUCCAAACCUCCAACGAGGAACACAAGACCGAGAGGGAAAUUCUCAAGAAGGAAAUAGCCGAUCAACUGGUUCUGAUCUCGUCCCUCCAAAUCAGACUGGACGAUCAGAGGAUCAGGGCCGAACACAUCGAGAAACAAACCAAUUCCUCCCUGGAAAACAAAAUUUACGACUUGCAGAAGGAGGUGAGCGAUCUCCAGGAGAGCCUGCAGCUCAAAAACAAGACUAUAGAGAAUCUGAACGGUCUCUUGGAGGAUAUAAAGCAGAAGAUGGAAGACAAGGAGAGCGAAUCCAGUUUGGCCUCCGACGACGAGAUGAUCAUAACGAUGCAGAAGGAAAUAGAGCAUUUGCGCAACCAGAACGAUCUACUCCACAAGAGGUUGAACACAGGAGUCGACAUAAUUCCUAACCUGGUGGAGAACAUCAUCUCCGAUAAGAAUUCCGAUAUAGAAUCGUUGAAGCAGAAGUUGGAGGUCGCGGAGAAACAGUUGGAGAUGUACAGUUCUCUAAACCUGGAUAAGAGCCAGGUGUUGGCCCUGAAGAGUUUGAGGAACUCCGGAACUUCUUUGAGCGAAGUUAUGUCCAUCAUAGAGCUGAGCAGUCCGGAGCAAGCCAGGAGAAUGGCGGAUACAGAACAAGACUCCGAUAUGAUGAAUUUCAUCAAGAGAAAACCGACCAAGAACGAUACUCUCUUACCGUCCGACGAUGUUAGAGAAAUUUCCAGCAUCGAAAAUCUACAGGGACCAAACCCAAAUUACAUAUCGAUCACUCCGAUAGGGAGAAAAAACUCUACGGAAGUCAAAUCGGCGGAUAAACACGUACAUUUCGAUCUUUCCCACAAGAAAAAUCAGUCGGAAGUGGAAAUUCUGAUAGCGGAGUUGGAAAAACUGAGAGAAGAAUUGACACAAAAAGAUGAAAUUAUAAAAGACUGCAACGAAAAAUUGAAAACACUAACACAACUAGAAAGUAACAUAGAUUUCGUUCAGGCUAAACUGGAGGAAACUCAGCAUACCUUAGAAGAUGUAGAAAAGGAAAUGGCGGAUAAGGAAGAAAAAGAAAAGGACUUGAGGAUGGAGUUGGUACAAAAAAACAUGUACUUAGAAGAACAGGAAAAGGAAUUAAACAUGUUGAAAGAUGAUUCUGUAAGGAAAGACGAGAUGUAUUUGACACUGGCUAAAGAAGCGAAAAGUUUAAGAAAAGAUAAAGAAACCCUAGAGAAACAGAUCGAGGACUUUGAACGAAUUCUAGCCGAUAAAAAUGAAGCUAUACAAGAGUUAGAGAAGAAAGUUGAUGUGGCGCAGAAAAUUGACGACGAUUAUGAUUUAGAAUCCAGGUUGAAAGACAAUGAAGAACAGUGUCAAUCGUUGAGAAUACGCCUACACAAUUUCAGCAAAGAAAUCGAAAACAAAAAUAAAUAUAUAGAAAAAUUAGAGACAGAUAACGAGAAAUUGAGGGAGAUGGUGAAAAUUGAAACUGAAAACAACGAAAAACUGAGGAAGAAUACGGAAAAUAUGGUGAGAGAGAAUGAGGAAAAAUUGAAAAAGACGAAGGAACAAAUAGGAAUGUUGGAAAGUGAAAAGGUUGGUUUAGAAAGGGAGAUCGGAGUGUUGCAAGAGGAAAUGUUGGAGAAAGAAAGAGAACUGAGUGUUGUAGGACGUGAUGCUGUCGAAUAUUUGGAGAAAUUGAGGGUACUCGAGGGCGAAGUGGAAAAAUUGAGGAAAAUCAACGUAGAAGGCUUGGAAAAGAAGGUACUGAAGCUCCAAUUGGAGAAUUCGUCAAAGAUAGAGGAGGUGGACAGUCUGAAGGAUAAAAUGAAGGGUUUGAACGACGAGUUGGGCCGUUUUCAAGAUCUGCUGGCGGAGAAAGACAGGAUCAUCGCUAGAUUCAAAAAUGACAGCGAGCAGUUGCAAGGAAGCCUGAAGGUUAUACAGGCUAAGAUGCAGGAGAACGGCAACGUGGUCGACCUCAGCAAGAGGCUCAGAGACGAGCAGAUGAAGAACAGCGACCUCAUCGAGGAGAUCCAGAUAAUGAAGGCCCAAAUGAUGAGCUACGGCAGUUUAGAGAAAGACACCCUGGUUGCCUCCAUAGAAGAAAUAACCGGAAAGAUGAAGCAGGAGUUGGAUUAUUCGGCGGAAAUAGACUCGAACAUCAUCAACGCGACCGAGGACAUCGAGAACGUCGACAGCAAGCUGGAAUCAAAGUACGUGGAGUUAAAGGAAAAGUGCAAGAACUACCAGAGAUCCAACAGACUGUUGAGGGAAGAGCUGGAUAAGAAGAAGAUAGAGAUGGACACGUUGCAACUCGAAGACGCCAACCUGAUGGAGCAGCUCAGGAUCCAACUGGAAUCAGCGACGGAAAACGAGAUGGAGCUGGAGAACGUGGCGGAGACGUGGAAGAAACAGUGCGAGAUUCUGGAGAUGGAGGUGUCGAAGCUGAGGAGCCAGUUAAGCAACGUCAACUCCAAGAGCGAAUCGACGGAAUACAGGAAUUUGCCGAGCAAGGAGCAUCAGGAGGUGUUGAAGCUGCAGGGACAAGUAGCUUCGUUGAGUAGGGAGGUGGAGACGUUGAGGGAGGAGGCCAGGGCGCUGAAGAAAGGCAGGAGGGAGUUGGAGAACGAUCUGAAAUAUAACAGGGAUAUGUUGGAGGUUAAGAAGAGGGAGGUUGACGGGUUGGAGAUGAAGAUCUCCGAAGGCGUGGCGAGGGAGGAUGCGUUGAAGGGGAAGCUGCGCGAUUGCGAGGAGAGGCUGCGGCAGAAGAACAAGGAGGUGGAGAACAGCAGAUCGUUGAUUGACGACAUGGAAAGGGAUAGGAGAGAUAUGAAACUGCAGAUGGAUAUGCUCAAUAAUAAGAUCAGGGAGAUGGAUCGGGAGUCGUCGAAAAGGACUACAGCGCCCCCCUCUUCAAACGUGACAACUGCUGACCAGCUCAUGUCCAAGAUCGAGGAGCUGAAUUUGGCGGUGAAGAACGACAAGCAAACCAUGGAUCUGAUCAUAAGACUGACAAACGAUAACGCAAAUCUCAAGAGUAAGAUAAUCGAGUUAGAAAAACAGGGGAGCAACAAUGUGCCUUAUGAGAACCAAGUGAAUAGGUCAAAUUACCUCUUCGCCAAGUGCCUCAGGGUGGAGAGUUACAGGAAAGCCCUCAUAUGGCAGAAACGUUAUCUGGUUUAUCUUCUUGGCAGCUACCAAUACACCACCGAUUUAGGUCCCUUGGAAAAAUUCCAAAACGGCCAAAAGAAACUUAGGUUCUCUGGCAUUCGAAAAUUUAGAUCUUCAGCCUACACGAUCAUCGCGAUCGUCCGUAUGAAAUCGAUCGUUAGAAGAUGGCACAGCGGUCCGAGGUUGGCUGAAAACGCCAAUUCCAGCUAUAGGAACGUCCCGGGCGGCGUCCGAACCUCGGAACACCAAUCCGGUCCUGGAAAUUUCAAGGUCGGACAGCCGGUAUCCCGUCAGUUGUUCUCGCCGUCCACCAGAGGAUCAGGAAGCGUCCAAAUUGGGAAUUUCGAGAAUGACGCCGCCGAUUUCAGCGGGAAUGUAUGCGGCGACACGGACGCUAGGUACAACGUUAGACUAGGCGUCGGAAGAAGGACUGAUAUACCGUGGAGCGGGGAUUCGCCCCCUUGCAGAGAUGGAUCUAGGAGUAAAUCGAGGCUAUCCUCCAAUCUAACUAUCUUGAAAGCCCCUCAUCUGCUCAGUCAAUACGCCGAGAGAUACGGUAAGAUCGAGGAAAACCUGGAGGCUUUGCUCAAUCCCAAUUCGUCAACGUGACCUUCUCGCGUAUUUAUCGAUGUUUAAACUUCGGGUAUUCUCUAAAAUAGAGAGUUUUUAAUUGUUUGUAUCAAACGACUCGACCAGUUUUUAGAAUUUAGGACACUAUUGUAUCAUGUUAUUUAUUAUGUGUUUUUCGAUGUUACUGUUUUGUUAUUCUAGUCAAGAGAUUUCGAAACUGUUUUUUUAUUGUUCAAUACUUCGUGCCUUAAUCGGAUGGUACAAUUUUAAAUAUCAAUAGUCUGUAAGAUUUUUAUAAUUUAGAGAGCACACAUUAAAAUAUUUGAUUUA